UAUCAGGUAGGCAAAACGUUGGCAGCUCUUAUUGAAGUUGGGAGGUGCCUCUUGCAGAUUCGCUCCCGGGUCACUGCAGCCAAAGCCUUCCGGGUCCGCUACACAGGAAGCCCCUCUCCCCGCCCCGGCCACCUUCCAGUAGAGUCACUGUAUCGAUGGGGACCGCCACAAGCACAGGCUACUUCCGGAGAGGCAACCUGUUCUGGCUCACAGUCAUCACCGUCUCCUUCAGCUACUAUACGUGGGUUGUCUUCUGGCCUCAGAGUGUCCCUUAUCAGAGCCUUGGACCCCUGGGUUCCCUCACGAAGUACUUGGUGGACUAUCAUCACGCUCUACUAAGAAACGGGUUUUGGCUUGCUUGGCUGAUUCAUGUGGGGGAGUCCUUAUAUGCCUUGGUAUUGUGCAAGCAUAAAGGAAUCACAGAUGGCCAGGCCCAGCUCCUCUGGUUCCUACAGACUUUCCUCUUUGGUAUAGCCUCUCUUUCCAUCCUGCUGGCUUAUAGGCCAAAGCGGCAAAAACACAAUUAAAAGAGAUAGCAAAGUUGUCUCCCA